AUGCAAGAAAUCAUGCUUGAUGAACAACUGAGAACUCAGUUAAGUUUGCAAGAUCAGCCUGUGCCUAUAGCUCAGGUUCAGCAACAGCAAAAUCGUAAGAGAAAAGUUAAGAAAGCGUCUCAACAAAAUGCUACAAAACCUUCAGGCGAGCCCGUUGAUGUUAGCGAGAGUUUGAAGAAUGAAAUUGAAUAUAUGCCAAAUACUAUGAAAACUCCAAUUUCUAUCCUACAAGAACUUUUGAGUCGGCGAGGAAUCACCCCAAAUUAUGAACUCGUUCAAAUUGAGGGAGCUGUCCAUCAGCCAUCAUUUCGAUAUCGUGUAUCAUUUAAUGAUAAAGAUGCGAUGGGUGUUGGACGAAGUAAAAAAGAAGCAAAGCAUGCAGCUGCUAAAGCACUAAUUGACAAACUCACUGGUAUGAAUAUAUCAGAUCAAUUUUAUCAGCAAAAGGGCAAUUUCAACGCUAAUGGCUCUUCUACCGCUCCGUCUAAUUCGAGUGCGACAUUCGAUGAAAAUAAUCAAAUGGGAAAUCCGAUUGGUGUUUUACAAGAACUUUGCAUGCAAAAACAUUGGCCAGCUCCAAAAUACGAAGUUGAGGUUGAAAUCGGCUUGCCACAUGAAAGACAAUUCACGAUUGCAUGUACUGUUCUCAAAUUUCGUGAAGUUGGAACGGGAAAAUCGAAGAAAAUUGCAAAACGACAAGCUGCUCAAAAAAUGUGGGAACGAUUGCAAAAUCAAACCCUAGAUCAAACGGAAGUCAUUCAAGCGUGUAUUGAUGAUGCUAAUGACGAGAUGAGGGUUGCAAAUGCUUUUUCUCGUUAUUCACAUUUAAAGGAAGCUAAUAUACCAACGCUGACCAAUCAGCAUAGCUACAAAGUAUCGCAGUUUCAUAAAAUGUUAAAAAAUAUGUAUGGAAAAUCAUUAGCAAAACUUCAGAACACGUGUCUUAAUGCGAAGGAUGUAAAUUAUGUGGUAUUUUUGCAAGAAAUUGCUACAGAACAUCAAUUUGAGGUAACAUACGUUGAUAUCGAAGAGAAAACAUAUUCUGGACGUUACCAGUGCUUGGUACAAUUGUCAACACUUCCAGUUGCUGUAUGUCAAGGAUCUGGAGCUAAUUCUAAAGAUGCACAAUCGAAUGCUGCCAAGAAUGCUUUAGAAUAUUUGAAGAUCAUGAGCAAAGUAUAAAUGUGAGGAAAUAACA